AUGGGUCAAUCACGACGCCCGCAAGGCGGGGAAAAGAAGAGUCGAUUCGGACGCUCUAAAGGAGCCGCUGAUAUUGGCGAUGGCAGACAAUCCGGAAAAUCACAGAUCAAAAAGGCCACCUUUGAGACUUCUAAGAAGAAGGAGAUCGGAGUUUCGGACUUGACACUGCUGAGCAAGAUCUCCAACGAGGCAAUCAACGAUAAUUUGAAACUACGAUUCGAGCAUGGCGAGAUUUAUACCUAUAUUGGCCAUGUGUUGGUCUCGGUCAAUCCGUUCCAAGAUCUGGGUAUUUAUACCGAUAAGGUACUCGAUUCUUACCGCGGCAAGAACCGUCUCGAGGUCCCUCCCCACGUAUUCGGAGUCGCCGAAUCGUCAUACUACAACAUGAAAUCCUACAAGGACAACCAAUGUGUUAUUAUUUCGGGAGAGUCGGGUGCUGGAAAGACUGAGGCUGCCAAGCGCAUCAUGCAGUAUAUCGCCAGUGUGUCUGGAGGUGGUGACUCGUCAAUUCAACAGACCAAGGACAUGGUACUAGCCACAAACCCUCUGCUGGAGUCGUUUGGUAAUGCGAAAACAUUGCGCAAUAACAAUUCUUCCCGGUUCGGCAAGUACCUCGAACUCGAGUUCAAUGCCAACGGUGAGCCUGUCGGAGCCAACAUUACAAACUACUUGUUGGAGAAGUCGCGAGUUGUCGGCCAGAUCACCAACGAGCGAAACUUCCACAUUUUUUACCAAUUUACCAAGGGUGCACCCCAGAAGUACCGAGACAGCUUCGGUAUUCAGCAGCCGCAAUCCUACCUCUACACGAGCCGAUCAAAAUGUUUUGACGUUCCUGGAAUCGAUGAUUUGGGCGAGUUCAAAGAUACAUUGGAUGCGAUGCAGAUGAUUGGAAUGACCGAGGCGGAGCAGGACAAUGUUUUCCGCAUGCUGGCGGCUAUUUUGUGGAUUGGUAAUGUUCAAUUCACUGAAGAUGACUCCGGCAAUGCCUCUAUCACGGAUCAGUCCGUGGUUGACUUUGUCGCAUAUCUGUUGGAGGUGGAUGCCGCGCAAGUGAACAAGGCUUUCACGAUUCGUCUGAUGGAGACUGCGCGCGGAGGCCGCAGGGGCUCUAUCUACGAAGUCCCGCUGAACACCGUGCAAGCGACGGCUGUUCGGGAUGCCAUGGCGAAGGCGAUUUACUUCAAUCUGUUUGACUGGAUUGUGGCCCGUGUUAACCAGUCGUUGGCUGCUCGCGGAACUGUGGCCAACUCCAUUGGUAUUUUGGAUAUCUACGGUUUCGAGAUUUUCGAGAAGAACUCCUUUGAGCAGCUUUGCAUCAAUUAUGUCAAUGAGAAGCUGCAGCAGAUUUUCAUCCAGUUGACUUUGAAGGCCGAGCAAGAUGAGUAUGCUCGCGAGCAGAUCCAAUGGACUCCCAUCAAGUACUUCGAUAACAAGGUGGUGUGCUCUUUGAUCGAGGACAAGCGCCCUCCUGGUGUUUUCGCCGCCCUGAACGAUGCCUGUGCCACGGCUCACGCUGAUUCCGGCGCUGCCGAUAACACAUUCGUUGGUCGUCUAAACUUCCUUUCUCAAAACCCUAAUUUCGAGGGACGCCAAGGCCAGUUCAUUAUCAAGCACUACGCCGGUGAUGUGAGCUACGCCGUUGAGGGUAUGACCGAUAAGAACAAGGAUCAGUUGCUGAAGGAUCUCCUGAACCUGGCUGGAUCCAGCAGCAACCAGUUCGUUCACGAUCUUUUCCCCAACCAGGUGAACCAGGAUGAUAAGCGUCGCCCGCCUACCGCAGGUGACAAGAUCAAGGCCUCGGCCAACGACCUUGUUGCUACGCUGAUGAAGGCGCAACCCUCUUACAUCCGAACCAUCAAGCCCAACGAUAACAAGGCCCCUAAGGAGUACAAUGUCGGCAAUGUGCUGCAUCAGAUCAAAUACCUUGGUCUCCAGGAGAACGUGCGCAUUCGUCGUGCUGGUUUUGCUUAUCGUCAGACCUUUGACAAGUUUGUCGAACGAUUCUACCUCUUGUCUCCCAAAACUUCAUACGCUGGUGACUACACAUGGACUGGCGAUGCAGAAUCGGGUGCCAAGCAGAUCUUGAAGGAUACCAGUAUCCCUGCAGAGGAGUACCAGAUGGGUAUCACCAAGGUCUUUGUGAAGACACCCGAGACCCUCUUUGCCCUUGAGGCCAUGCGCGACCGUUACUGGCAUAACAUGGCCAUUCGCAUCCAGCGCGCUUGGCGUAAUUACCUUAGGUACCGUAUCGAGUGCGCUAUUCGGAUCCAGCGGUUCUGGCGCCGCAUGACCGGUGGUUUGGAAUUCAUCAAAGUGCGUGACCAGGGACAUAAACUUCUCCAAGGCCGUAAGGAGCGCCGAAGAAUGAGUCUUCUUGGUUCGCGUCGCUUCCUCGGUGACUACCUUGGCGUGGGCAAUACCGGUGGUCCAGGUGAAAUGAUUCGCAGCGGUGGCAACAUCAGCGGCUCAGAAGAGGUUCUCUUCUCUUGCCGCGGAGAAGUACUGCAGUCCAAGUUUGGUCGCUCCAGCAAACAGGUUCCUCGGUUUAUUGUGUUGACCAACCGACAUGUGUACAUUGUGGCCCAGGGCAUCGUUAACAACCAACUUGUCAUUUCGUCCGAACGCACCGUUCCAAUCGGGGCCAUUAAAGCGGUCAGCACCUCCAACCUGAAGGAUGACUGGUUCUCAUUGGUAAUUGGUGCUCAAGAGCCAGACCCAUUGAUCAACUGUGUUUUCAAGACCGAGUUCUUCACUCACCUGAGCACGGCUCUGCGAGGCUCUCUGAACCUGAAGAUCGGAGAGAGCAUCGAAUACAACAAGAAGCCUGGAAAGCUAGCCAUGGUCAAGGCCGUCAAAGACCCAGGCUCUAGCAAUAUCGACAGCUACAAGAGUAGCACGAUCCACACCACUGCCGGUGAACCAGCCAGCUCCGUUUCCAAGCCUACCCCUCGACCCAAGCCGGUUGCUGCUCGGCCAGUCACCAAGGGCAAGCUGCUCCGCCCCGGUGGCCCAGGAGGGGGCCAGUCGAAGCUCUCCGCUGCCGCUCGCAGACCUGUACCUGCCGCACAGCCCUUGCCUCAAUCGACACCCAGACCUGCCCCUGCCCCUGCCCCACAGCCAGAGCAACCCCGAGUUGUUCCAGUCCCUCAGCCUGUUGCUACUACCAAGGUUUCACAUUCUCACACCUCUUCCACAGGCUCUGCACGAGCUCCUCCCCCACCCCCUCCACCCGCGCCUCCUGCAUCGAAGAAACACACGGCCAAGGUCCUGUAUGACUUUAACAGUGAUCGUGCGAACGAAUUGUCUAUUAAGAGUGGUGAUGUUGUGCAGAUUGUAUCAAAGGAAGGAAAUGGAUGGUGGCUCUGCAUGGAUAUGACAACCUCUGCUCAAGGCUGGACUCCCGAAGCCUACCUCGAAGAGCAAGUAGCCGCGACUCCUAAACCCGCACCCCCUCCUCCCCCUCCCGUCUCUCGAGCAACCCCAAGCCCUGUCCCCAAUGGAGCCGGAGCUGCGGUCGCCGCGAAAAGUAAACCUGCUCCACCCGCGCCCCCUAUCAAGCGACCUAACAUGGCUGGCCGGAAGACCGCCCCUGUUCCUGCUCCUCGUGACAGUGCCGUGAGCAUGAACUCGGGUGAUUCGUCCGGUGCAAGCGGCCGCGGAACGCCGAAUAGCACAUCCAAUGCCAGUCUGGCUGGUGGUCUUGCCGAGGCAUUGCGUGCGCGACAGAACGCUAUGCAGGGAAAGCAGGAUGACGACGACUGGUAG